AUGCACCCUCACGACACCAUGGGUAGCUCCCCUGAGGUGCUGUCCUGGACGUCCUGCCCCAGUCUGCUGGUGGGCAAGCUCAAGGAGGAGCUCAAACUGUCUGUGGGCGAUGCUGGCAAGAGAAGCUCCACCUCCCCCCAGAGCCCCGCCCCUGCCCCGCCCCCUCCUCAGAUCAUCACAGACCUGGCUCCGCCCCCUCCUCAGAUCACCACAGACCUGGCCCCGCCCUCACAGCUGUCCGUCAUGCAGCAGCAGACCCCGGACGAGGACUCUCUGGGGGGCAUCAGCCCGCACACCGUGGCCCUCAGCGUGGACUCCACCCGAGGAGAGUUUGAGAACACCGUCCUGCAGCUGCGCGAGCAGGACGAGGGCCCCCCAGGGCCCCACAGAGGAGACGAGCUGAUGGGCCCCGAGGAGCCAAAGUGGGAGUGUCCCAUGCACCAUGAAAGGGAGGGGGAGAGAGAGGGGGACGAGGAGAGGAGGCAGCACAAGCAUCCACACCCGGACGAUAUCAAGCUCCAUUUCCAGAGAGCGGGGCCCGGGCAGGGGGGCUUCCUGGAGGGUCUGUUUGGCUGCCUGCGCCCCGUCUGGAACAUUAUCGGAAAAACAUACUCCACCGAGUACAAGCUGCAGCAGCAAGACAUGUGGGAGGUGCCGUUCGAGGAGAUCUCCGAGCUGCAGUGGCUGGGCAGCGGGGCGCAGGGGGCAGUGUUCCUGGGGAAGUUCCGGUCAGAGGAGGUGGCCAUCAAGAAAGUGAGGGAGCAGAAGGAGACGGACAUCAAGCCCCUACGGAAGCUCAAGCACCCCAACAUCAUCAGCUUCAAGGGUGUGUGUACACAGGCUCCAUGUUACUGCAUUAUCAUGGAGUACUGCGCCCAGGGCCAGCUCUAUGAGGUGCUGAGGGGGGGCCGGCAGGUCAGCCCCUCCCUGCUGGUGGACUGGGCCUCAGGCAUCGCCUCCGGAAUGAACUACCUGCAUCUGCACAAGAUCAUCCACCGAGACCUCAAGUCCCCCAAUGUGCUGGUGACGCAGAACGACACCAUAAAGAUCUCAGACUUCGGGACGUCCAAAGAGCUCAGUGACAAAAGCACCAAGAUGUCGUUCGCUGGGACGGUGGCCUGGAUGGCUCCUGAGGUCAUCCGCAACGAGCCGGUGUCGGAGAAGGUGGACAUCUGGUCCUUUGGCGUGGUGCUGUGGGAGCUGCUGACAGGGGAGAUCCCGUACAAAGACGUGGACUCGUCUGCGAUCAUCUGGGGAGUGGGCAGCAACAGUCUGCACCUGCCGGUCCCCUCCACCUGCCCCGACGGCUUCAAGAUCCUCAUGAAGCAGACCUGGCAGGGGAAGCCGCGGAACAGACCGUCCUUCAGGCAGAUCCUGCUGCACCUGGACAUCGCCUCAGCAGAUGUGCUGGGGACCCCCCAGGAGACCUACUUCAAGUCUCAGGGAGCCUGGAGGGAGGAGGUGAAAAAACACUUUGAGAAGAUCAAGAGCGAGGGAACCUGCAUCCACAGACUGGACGAGGAGCUGAUCCGCAGACGCAGAGACGAGCUCAGACACGCCCUGGACAUCCGCGAACACUACGAGAGGAAACUGGAGCGAGCCAACAACCUGUACAUGGAGCUGAGCGCCAUCAUGCUGCAGCUGGAGGUGCGCGAGAAAGAGCUCAUGAAGCGCGAGCAGGCGGUGGAGAAGAAGUACCCCGGGUCCUACAAGCGCCACCUGGUCCGGCCCAUGGUCCGGCCCAACGCUGUGGAGAAACUCAUCAAAAAAAAAGGAAGCAUGCCCCACAAGGCCGGCCUAGCCCCGUCCAAGAGACCGGACCUGCUGCGGUCAGAAGCCAUCCCCAGCCUGGACCCCCUGCCGGCCCAUUCCCCUCUGCUGGCCAGCCCCAAAGUCUCCACUCCUCCAGGGAAACCGCGCUACAGGAGCAAGCCCCGGCACCGGCGCGCCAACAGCAAGGGCAGCCACAGCGACUUCCCUGGGGCCCUCAGACCUAGCCACAGUGACCUCCCUGGGGCCCUCAGACCUAGCCACAGUGACCUCCCUGGGGCCCUCAGACCUAGCCACAGUGACCUCCCUGGGGCCCUCAGACCCAGCCACAGUGACCUCCUUGGGGCCCUCAGACCCAGCCGCAGUGACCUCCCUGGGGCCCUCAGACCCAGUGCAGGGCUCCCAGAGGAGAUGCAGCGGCCCGUUCAGGAGGCCCCGUUCCUCCCCCUUCGCCGACGAGAGGAAGCCGUGGUCAACUGUGCCAAUAACCUGCGGUACUUUGGCCCCGCAGCGGCCCUCAGGAGCCCGCAGAGCGACCACAUGCAGCGGCAGGUGUCUGAGUCUGGACCAGACGUCAUCCCCUCGGCCAUGGACACAGCAGGAGCACACAGACAGACGGACCCCCAGACCGGCCCCCAGACCACGACCAGCUCUCUGUGUGCCUGCCAGGAGAACCCCUUCGCCCCGUCUUCCGACCUGCUGCAAGUGCCUCCCAACACCUACCCCCAGGAGGCCUCCCCUGCCCCCCAGCCUGAACCCAGGACAGACGGGGCGUCAGAGGGAGAGGGGUGCAAGCCGUCCUGCCCCGUGUCCACCCCCCUACCCCGCACCAUCCGGCCCCUCAGGAAGGGCGGAGACGACUCUUCAGAAGAGGAGGAGGGAGAAGUGGACAGUGAGGUGGAGUUUCCACGACGACAGAGACCUCACCGCUGCAUGAGCAGCUUCCAGUCGUACUCCACCUUCAGCUCAGAGAACCUCUCUGUGUCUGACGGGGAGGAGGGCAACACGAGCGAGCACUCGCACAGCGGGCCCCUGGAGCGCCUCAGUGCGAGUCAGGAGGAGCACCUGGACGAGCUGCUGUCCCACACGCCCGACAUCCCCAUCGACAUCUCCACACAGUCCGACGGUCUGUCCGACAAGGAGUGUGCGGUGCGCAGGGUCAAGACGCAGAUCUCUCUGGGAAAACUGUGCUCCGACGAACACAGCUACGAGAACCCUCUGCAGUUCGGAGACUCAGACUGUGAAUCGUCCGAGGCUGAGUGCUCUGACGCCACCAUCAGGAACAACAAAGGCCCCCCAUCCUCGUGGUAA